AUGCCCAAUCCACAGGUGGUCGAUCUGCCCAACGAUAGUGGUGGCGGUAAUAGAAGACACGACUCUGGCGCAGUGAAAAGGCCCGGCAAUGGCCGACUGGAUUCACUGCAGUCAGUGAUUGACAGUCCGAACAUGGCGCCCAAUGCAGGCUAUGCCUCCUCGGCCAUCGCCUCGGCGCCCAAGCCCAAGUACCGCGACGACGGCUCGCUGGGCAACUACGAGGUGAAGGACCCUUGGAAGCCGGCCAAACCGCGCCCCGGUGACUACGGCAAGAAGUACAGCCUGGACAGUGCCGAGGACGUGGACCAGAAUGAGGUGUCGGUGAAGAAGUCCGAGUACGGCAUGAACAUCGUCGCCUCCGACCACAUUCCCAUGGACCGCAUUGUGCCCGACCUGCGCCACCCGGAGUGCAAGCACUGGGACUACCCGGAGCAGCUGCCCACCGCCUCGGUGGUGAUCGUCUUCCACAAUGAGGGCUUCAGUACGCUGCUGCGGACGGUGCACUCGGUGCUGAUUCGCUCGCCGCAACGCUUUCUCCGAGAAGUCCUCCUCGUCGAUGACUUCAGCAAUAAGGAGCCGCUGAAAGCCCAACUGGACGACUACAUAAUGGAGCACUUUGGCAAAGUGCGCGUCGUCCGCAAUCAGGAGCGCUCAGGGCUGAUUCGCAGUCGCGCCAGGGGCGCCAAGGAGGCCCUCGGUGAGGUGGUCGUCUUCCUCGAUGCCCACUGCGAGGUCAAUCUCAACUGGCUGGUGCCCCUGCUGGCGCCCAUUGCGGUAAACAACAAGACGAUGACGGUUCCUGUGAUCGACGGCAUCGACUCGAAUCACUUCGAGUACCGACCAGUCUACCAGAACGACCAGCACUUUGUGGGCAUCUGGGAGUGGGGCAUGCUGUACAAGGAGAUGCACCUCGACCUGAAUGAGCACCUGAAGCAGCACCGCUUCAGCGAGCCGUACGAGUCGCCGACGCACGCCGGCGGCCUGCUCGCCAUCACCAAGAAGUUCUUCUUUGAGCUAGGGGGCUACGACGAGGGUUUGCUCGUCUGGGGCGGCGAGAACUUUGAGCUGAGUUUCAAGGUGUGGCAGUGCGGCGGCCGCCUCCUCUGGGUGCCCUGCUCUCGGGUGGGCCACAUCUACCGACCGUUUAUGCCGUACAGCUUCGGCUCGCUGGCCUCCAAGCGGAAGGGCCCUCUGGUGCUGACCAACUACAAGCGCGUGGUGGAAGUGUGGUUCGAUGAGGAGUACAAGAACUACUUCUACUCCAGGGAGCCGAUGGCGGCUUUCUACGACUCGGGUGAUAUUUCCAAGCAGUUGAGAAUGAAGGAAAACCUGCAGUGCAAAUCAUUUGACUGGUUUGUGAAAAACCACGCCAAAUCGGUCUUCAAAGACUUUCCUCGCCUUCCGCCCAAUGUUGCCUGGGGUGAGGUGCACAGCGCCAAGUUGAAGCACAUGUGCCUGGACUCCACCGGCGCCCACCCUCCCGCCACCAUAAUGAUGUCCACCUGUCAUGGCCACGGUGGCAAUCAACUCUUCAGACUCAAUGCCAAAGGUCAACUGGGCCUGGGGGAACGGUGUAUAGACGGCAAUUCGAAUGGCUUGAAGGUGCACUACUGCAAACUGGGCACCGUUGACGGGCCGUGGUCCUACAAAGAGUCAACCAAACAAAUCAUUCACAAGGGACGGUUAUGUUUGACGUACAGCGACAACUCUGUCACUCUUGAAAACUGUGAAGCAGAUGCGCCUCUGACGCAGCAGUGGACUUUUAAACAAAUAAAACCGCGUCUUUAA